GCCCACGUGAGCAGCGCCACGUGUGGCCUGUGGCGUUGUUCGCAAGUUCAGUUGUUAGAGCGGAGGUCCAACUAGGCAUUUUUAUUUUCGGAGACCGGGGCGUGAUUGAUUGGAAUGAUUUCUGCGAAAUUUGCGUGGUUUGCCACCAAUUACUGCACUGCGUGCCUUGAUUGCGCGACUGUUUGUUGUGAGACGUAGGAGCCGCCAAAACCGUGUCUUUCCUUUUUGGUUUGCGAACAUUCUAGUGCCUUUGGGAUGUCCGAGGAAAUUUCGUCAUCGACCAAAGCGACGCCGACGAUGCAGGCCACACCUAUUCUGGGCGCCUCCGAGGCGAAAGAUGACCCUAACCUUCGGAAGAACAAAUCUCUGCUGGCAAUAUGCAAAAAGUUUUUGGAGUUCUACCCCCUUGACCUACCACCCGGCACCAACACAGAUAUCCCUCUGGAGGUGCUGGCAGAGAAGCUCAACCUGAGCAGAAGAAGACUCUACGACAUAAUCAAUGUCAUGGAGAGUCUGCAGAUGGCAGUCAAAGUAACCAAAAACCUCUACAGGUGGUACGGGCUGCGCAAUGUUAAAAAACUGCUGGACCAGUUGAAACAGCUUUCUGACCAAAAUCGACUGCAGGAGCUGGAUAAUCUGGACCCUGGCUAUCUCAGCAGCGACCUUCCAAUCACUCCUUGCGAGACUGAAAGUCCCAGUGAGAAACUGUUGCAAAAUUUGCUGGAAGCAAAGACUGUGAAGAAAAGACCCUGCAUUCUUUCAGGACUGAAGGAGUCGCCAGAACCUAAAGGUCCCCUUACUUGGAAGAACAAGUCACUUGGGGGGACUUGCCUCAAGUUUUUGACCCUCUUCUUUAAAAAAGAGACGGUCAGUUUGGAUUGGGCUGGGCGAGUUCUUCUGUGUGGCGAAGACGAGGACAACGCAGACAACAAAAGUGACGGAGAUGCCGACACCACCAAGCAGCUGCGGAAUAAAAUUCGCCGAAUCUAUGAUGUGGCCAAUGUAUUAACCGCUGUCGGACUCGUCUGCAAGCUUCCCCCCAAAGAAUGCACUCGCCGCAGACUCUUCUACGGAUACUGUGGCCCAGUCAUCGACAACCUCCACUCAGGAGAGAAAGUUUAUGUGCCGUCUGCAGAGCCGACAGGGGCUGGACGCCGAGUCAGAAAUACAUUGGCCGUGCUGGAACCAAAGAGCGGAACAAACAGUGACUGCAAACGGAAGCUUGUGCUUUUCUCAGAGAAUGAUUUUUCUGUGAGCAAAAAGCUGUGCAAAGAUAUAGGGACCAAAGAACUGUCAGCGUUCAGCAUCUUGUUGGCAGUCGCAGAAGAAGAGCGGUUGCGGCUUGAGCGAGCAGCCAGCAAUGAAGUCAAGCAGGAGAAAAAGGAUGAUAAGGAAAUCGACCUGCUCUGCACAGAAAACCAGCUCUCCACUAAAGAUCUCGAGUACAUAGAAAACCGCGAGCAUUGCGAGUUGGAAGGUGUGAACGGACGGUCAGCCCUGCGAAGCUUGCUGGAAACGAACCAGCCGCCCAAGUUAGUUUUCCCGGAUUCGAGUAGUUCGAAGAGCGGCGGGCAGAUGCUGCGGAAAGGCCAGCUGAGCAUUCCAUUCCGGACCAACGGUCCCGAAAUUAUGGGAAAAUGCUCGAGUCUUUGAAUAUUUCCAAACGCUCCCAGGCAAUUAGACUUGGCAGCAGUUGAGUAGAGUGAAUUUGAUUUUAUUUGUUGUGUUUGCUGAUUUUAUACUUUAAGCUGGCUGAGAUAAUAUCGUGUAUUUUGCCGCUCUGUGAAUAUUCCGUAGCUGUCACACACUGUGCCAUUACCCAAGAACUAUUACGAACUGCCUGCGCGGUUAGAGCUGGUUUCGUGUUUUUUGUCAAUUAAUUUUUUAAUUCACGUGGUGAACUAUAUUUUCUUGUUUUUAAUUCAGAUUAUUGUAUUGUUGUUCUGUUGCUGCAAACACAUCAAGCCGCAAUCAAUUUACAUACAUAUUUCGCUGUGCCACUUUUUGAUUAAAAUUUUACUCUGUAAAUAGCUAGAUGUCGUUCAGUCCUGCGUUCUAGGUUAGCGCGGCUGUCGUGCGUAAACUCACAAUAGGGCUCGCACGCACCGAAUGCCCUCUUGUAAUUGAUGCGCAGUGCGAAGAUGCGGCUGUUCAGACUAGCUCACCAUUACCAUUAACUCUACCGACUCUGCUGGCUCGACCAGCUUUGCACUUAUCUAAUCGACAUGAUAAUAAAUGUUAUGAUAAUAGUAAAAGCAAAUUAGUGCCUCUAUAUAUAUUUAUGUAUGACGACGUACUGAAGUUCUCAUUAUGUUUGUUUACUGUGUUGGGUAUUGUGUAUAUUUUCUUAUCCAAUUGUGCAUGUUGCUGGGCUUCCUUUGCGCAGUCUAGUCAGCUACAAACUUUGAAAAGUGGAAAUAAUACUUUGUUGCAAAUAAACGCUCUUUUUAAUUUAUUGCACAUUAUAAAACAAA